AUGGGUAACGAUACAGAAUUCCACGAGAACAGCCAUCACAUCAGCAGCGCUCUAAUCCAGUGUGGAGAGUACAGUAACCAGGCACUGCCCAAUGGGAAGUGCAGAAUCACAGCCACUCUGCCACAAUUGGACGAGCAGCGGUGCCCGGAUAUGUUCCGCUGCACAGACGAGGUCUCUUAUUGGCUCCACGAGAACGAGGAGAGAAAGCAGCAGAUUCUGGAUCUAAAAGAGACCAUAUCUGAGCUGCAGGAGGAGCUUCGAAACCAUCGGCACCGGAUCAAAGUGCUGGAGCUACAGAGUGAGGAGAAAAAUGGUCUGAACGCAUCACUGGAGCACCGGUUUCGCGAGCUGGAGCAGCGCUACAGUGAGGCCAACACUCUGCUGCACAUCCACGGCUCUCUCAUUUACGACAUGCAGGCACAGAUACACAACCUGUCCCUGCUGGUUGAGAAGGUGCGCCGGAACCCAGGAUGCAUGAUUAACAUUGUCCGGAGUACACACCUUGAUACCCAGAAGGCUCUGCACCCAGAAGUACAGCACAUGAAGAACUGCCCUUUAGACUGUGCCUCAAUCUAUUACAACGGGGUGCGCAGGUCUGGAAUCUAUACGAUUGUACCUUCAAUGGGAGGGGUGCCAGUUGAGGUCUUCUGUGACAUGGAUACUGAAGGUGGAGGGUGGACUGUGAUUCAGCGGCGACAGGACGGAUCAGUAAGCUUCAACCGCAGCUGGAAGGAGUACAAGGAAGGCUUUGGGGAUCUGAACACAGAGCUCUGGCUGGGAAACAACCACAUCCAUGACAUCUCGAGUCAGGGGGACUACUCUCUCCGCAUUGACCUGGAGGACUGGAGCAACAAGCACAAGCAUGCACUAUAUGAAAGCUUCAGUGUUGAGGAGGAAGCUAACCACUACAGACUGCAUGUGAAUGGGUUCAGUGGGACAGUGGAGGACUCCUUCAGCUGGUAUCACAACAAGCGCAGUUUCAGCACCCCAGAUACCGGAAACAUCUGUGCCGAGAUCUCUCGUGGGGGGUGGUGGUAUCAUCAGUGUUUCUUUACCAACCUCAAUGGAGUCUAUUACAAGGGUGGCCGAUACUCUGCCAAGGGCAAGAAUUUGCUGGGUCCUGAUGGGAUUGUGUGGUACAGCUGGAAGGACUCUGAUUAUUAUUCCCUGAAAAAAGUCACCAUGAUGAUCCGGCCUCGUACAUUCCGGCCCCGCCUAUCCCCAUGAAGGAGUUGAGGGACUUUCUCCUAAACUCAUCCCAAGCUUUCCGUUAAGGAACAUUGUACAGCUGAACUGAAAGCCAAAGCUGCUCCAGGCCUAAAAGUGCAAACCAAGCCCAGAUCUUUCAUAAUAAACAAUCACAUGCAAUUCAUAAGAUGAAUACAUUCCAACAUGUUAAAAUGCAGUGCAAUCAUAAUAUUAGCAUCAGCAUGUUUCUAGAGAACUCCAUCUGUAAAAGGCUUUACACCUGAGUAUUACAGCUUCUGUUUCUAAUUUUGGAUAUGAUGUUCUACAUUUUGUAAUGUUGAUUAUUUAAUGAUAACUCAUCAUUGAAAUUUAGGGGAUUAACGUCACUUUAUUCAUGGGAAAAGCAGCCUACUUUUAUUAACUUGUCUGUACCUGUCAAACUUCUGCUCCCUAGUGGACUCACACUAAUAAAACACUGCUCAUACAUUCACAGCUCAAGUCCCCUAUCAUGUGGGUCAACAAUACUAACAUUUUUGGCACAAAAAAGUGUUAGUUUUUGUUGUUUUGUAUUUUUUACCCCCUCUAGGCACUUGAUCACUGUGAGUAGUCCAAAUCAGGUAUUUUAUUCCAGUGGUUCUCAAACUUUUUGGGCCGUGCCCCCCUUUCUCUUGUCUGUGGUACUUGACACCCCCAACACACACUCUCACACACAUACAUACAUCUGUACGUACACUUGUAAAAAAAAAUCCAACAUGACUGCGGCUUCUCUGUAUGUCAUUGCUGUUUUGUUUUUUUUCCUCGAACCAGCCACCGAUCCCUCGUAAUAAGAGCAAACUUAACACUGUAGAUUACAGUUUACUGAUUGUGACCAACACUGAUUACACAGUCAGCUGAUAAACAACAUGCUUUACCAGAUGACAGCGGACUUUAUCCAAAAAUAUGCAAGAUUAAAAGGCACCAGUCAGAUGCACAGGGCCAUCUACAAACAUUGACAUGCCUGUAGGUGUCAGCAUAAAUAUUUAUUUUAAGUUAAUAUAUACAGUAUAACAGGAGCUUUUGGCUGGUAUUAAAUUGGCAUCAUACAAAAAGCACUCAUUAUCAUAUAAUAGAGGUAUUCCCCCCCACCUCAACAGCACAGGACCAUUGUGACAUUAAAAAUACACGUAAUGAAGCAUUCUUACCUUUAUAAAAGUUAGUGACCAGCAGAUGUGUCAGCC